AUGAAAGGUGGAAGGUGGGGGAGCAGGGGGAGGAACCGCGCCGGGGGCCACCUUGCCGCGGCUCUGGAGGACGUGCCCGGGGUCGGUCUCCUCAACACCGGGGUGCCCACGCACGAGGCUGGGGGCGUUUUGGACCUCAGCCUUGUCUCGCGGCCGCUUACCGUCGGUAAAACGUGGGCCCUCCACGCGCACCUCGCGAGCGACCUUUUCGCCUCCGUUGUUACACUCCCUGUCCCGCCGCCUGUGUUACCACAGCGGCCUCCGCGCUGGAACCUGCGCCGGGCUGACUGGCCUCGGUUCAGCGGGGCCGUCGCCCGUCGUCUGGCCGCCACCAUCCGGCCUGACGACCUUGAGGCGGUGGAUGCGCGCUUGGUUGACGCCUUCACAGCGGCGGCUGAUGAGGCGAUCCCCCUCCUCCGGCCUGUGGCGGUGGCACACCGCGACAGGUGGUACUACACCGAGGAUGUGAGGGAGGCGAACCACCGAGUGAACCAGGCCCGCAAGCUCAACAGGAGAGUGAACACGGAGGCGACGCGAGGCUUGCUGCGCGCUGCUGUCCGUCGCGCCAGGGAGACCGCCGACCGGGUGCAGGAGGAGCACUGGCUGGCGUGGUGCGAGGGACUUGACGGCUGCGCGUCCGCUGCGGUCCUCUGGCGGAAGCUGAGGGCCGUCGCGAGGGGUGCGGUGGCACGCCCGGCAUUACACCCACAGCCCCAGGUCGAGGCGGAGCGGCUUGUUACCACUUUCUCCUUCCGUGCUGCUUCCGCCCGGCUUCCGGCCCACACCCGCGACCUGCUGAGGGAGGCAAACCCCGGGAGAGUAGCCGCCUUCGGGGAGGCCUGCCUACAGGCGCAUGCCGCUGACGCGCCGAUAGAGAUGUGGGAGCUGGAGCGGGCCAUCCCCUGGAAGGACACCGCCACCGGGGUGGGCCCGGACAUGCAGGCGGAGGUGCUGGGACUAUUCAACCGAUCCCUUGAGCUCGGGGCGCUGCCAGCCUCUUGGAAGCUGGCCACCAUCGUCCCCAUCCCCAAGAGUGGAGACGGGCUCCAACAUCACCCGAUCUCCCUCCUAAGCUGCCUCGGCAAGUGUAUGGAAAGAGUCCACCUUACGCGCCUUCAGUGGGCGAUGGGCCCACUCCAUCACCACCUCUUUGCUUUCCGCCGGGGCAUGGGCACCAGGAACUGCAUCUCCACCCUCCUCUCUGGUGUCCCGGGGAGACAGGCGGUGGUGCUCUUUCUCGACCUCGAGAAGGAUUUUGAGCUCGCCUCAGCCCCCUCAACAACCUAA